AUGGCCGCUGUAUGGCAAGCAAAUCACAGCCAAUGUGGGAGGGUUAACAAGUUAGGAGCCAGUUUCCGUAUUCUAGGCGGAGAGCCAGCACCAGAGAAUGCCUGGCCGUGGCAGGUAGCUCUGUUCCAAAAGGGCGAGUUUAUCUGUGGAGGUUCUUUGAUUGACCCGUUGUGGGUCCUUACUGCUGCGCAUUGCAUGCCAGGAGUAUACACUUUAAGAGUCGGCUCGGUCAACAUUACUGGUACUAAUGAUGCAACGCAAGAACGAAACGCACAAAGAAUCUUCGUUCACCCAAACUAUAAUUUCAUAGACUUCGACAACGACCUCGCUUUGUUAAAAGUGGAAGUACCUUUUACCCUCUUUGACGAUAAAGUGAACACGGUUUGUCUUCCGACUAAUGAAACGGAUGGUUGGGUUACAGGAGAUAAUGUAACAAUCACUGGAUGGGGAACACGGAAAAGUGACGUGUCUGACCGCCCUGACACUCUUUAUGAGGCAAUCGUUCCUAUAUAUAACUGGACGAAGUGCACUCAGUCCACGAAAUUAAAGACAAGAGGCUUCGUCACCGAGAAUAUGAUCUGUGCUGGCUAUGAUGAUGGUAAAGCUGAUUCUUGUCAGGGCGACAGUGGUGGUCCCAUGGUAUAUUUCCUCGAUGAUGCAGACCAGUAUUUUCAGAUCGGUGUGGUGAGUUGGGGUUAUAAGUGUGGCAAACGUGAAGCACCCGGUGUUUAUACCAGGCUGACACGUUACGAAGAUUGGAUCCGGUCGUUCGUUACCACACCAACGCAAAUUUCAUGUAAGUUCAGCAAAAAUUUUCAGGGAAUCCAACCAAGAUGGAUAGUUCUUUAAAGGUUAAGUUCACACAGAGAAAUGAUGAUCUGAAUAAACAGAGAAAACUCAAACUAGCAUAACGCUGAAUAUUUCAUCGA